AUGGCGAUCGAUGAAUCGGGUUCAACUACUACAAGUGCACCCAGCUUGAUUGAUUCAAGCAAUCCGUUGUACUUACAUCCUUCGGAUAAUCCUGGCGCGGCACUCGUUCCAAUUCCUUUUAAUGGAGAAGGAUAUGGAUCAUGGCGACGAAGUAUACUCCGUGCCUUAUCAGCGAAAAACAAGUUAAGCUUCAUUAAUGGAGAUUGCAAGAAACCUGGAACCAAUUCAGAUCAUAUCCGGCAUUGGGAACGUUGCGAUGACAUGGUUACAUCGUGGAUUCUCAAUUCUCUGUCCAAGGAGAUUUCUGAUAGUGUAGAAUAUGUCAGUAACUCGAUGGAACUUUGGAAGGAACUUGAAGAUCGAUAUGAUCAGACGAACGGGGCAAAACUGUAUCAAAUUCAGAAGGAUAUCAAUGAUCUAACUCAAGGUACUCUUGAUAUUACUGCAUAUUAUACAAAAAUGAAAAGAUUAUGGGAAGAACUUAACAAUCUUUGCAACAAAAAUCAAUGUGUCUGUGUUUGUUCGUGUGGGGCAAAAGAAAAUGUGUAUAAGGCUGAGCAGGAUCGUCNAAGCUGA